UACGCGAUAACAAACCCUAAUUUUCCCAUUAUCAAAUCUCGGACCCUUUCUCUUCGUCUUCUCAGAUCAAGUGAUAAGGAUCAGAAUAUUCUAACCUCCUUCUUCGUUUGAUUGCUUCCAAACGGAUACAAACCGGAUGUCAGUCGGCUUCCAAAAUAUUAUCUCGGAUCCUUCUUCUUUCCUGGAAAAUUGAAGGUGUAUCCCCUUUUCUCCCUCUCUCUUCCUUCUUGAUUAUUUUCAUAACUACAAUUGGAUAUACGAUUCAAUCUAAUUAAGGGGUUUAAUAUCAAUUGUUAUCCCAAUUUUCUUUCUUCUCUUCUAGGAGGGUGAGUUUUAAGUUAAAUACUGAACUUUUUAUUGUUCGUUAUAUCUCUUUAAUUUGUUCAACGAUUUGAGUUCCUAAGCCUUGAGGAAUGAAUCUUAACAUUUAAAAAUUCUGAGUUGUAUAAGUUUCAGUAAUUACUGAAUCCUGUCGUAUUAUCAAGCCAUGGUGGCACAACUGGAACAUCAGUUUCGACUUAGAAGACUUUCUCUCCAAGGAUUAUGGUUUUACUGUCAGCCCAUGAUGGGAUCCAUGCGCGCAUUGGCUGCGUUAAUUCAUCAGGUCAGGCUAAAGCGAUGGCUGGUGAUAACUCAGUGAGGUCAUUGUUAGAGAAAAUGACCGAGUGUGCAAGCAAUGCAUACCUCAGCAUAUUGGAAAGGUGGGUCUAUGAAGGAAUCAUUGAUGAUCCGUAUGGGAAGUUUUUCAUUGCUGAGAACAAGUCUCCUAAAAAGGGGAGCCUCAGUCAGGACUCUACGGCAAUAUAUUGGAGCCAAAGAUACAGCCUCAAGGAGACUUCCAGAAAAUUUUAGUAUAUAGUUAAUCUAGAUCUAGAUGAAGCUACGGUGAAAGUUACCUCAAGGCGCGGAAGUAAUUCUAGAUCUAGAUGAAGCAGAGAUGAGAAAGCAAGAGGAGAUUACUAAAGCCAAGCUAGCCAUGGAAAGGAAAAAGAAGCUGGCACUGGCAGUGGCAGAGAAAGCCGCUGCUAAAGCUUCCAUAAGAGCUCAAAAGGAAGCUGAGAAGAAAGAACAAAAGGAGCGAGAGAAGGCGGCCAAGAAGAAGACAGGAGACAGCAACGCAUACGAGGCCAUCUCUGAGGAAGUUCCAGAGGCUUCUGAGGCUGAGAAGGAGGAGAUUGAAGCUCCAGUGAAGGAGAAACCAAAGAAGGAAAAGAAAGUCUUGAAGGAGAAACCAACAAGGAACAGGAUCCGCAAUAGAGGAGGACCGGAAACACUCCCGAGACCAAUGCUCAAGCGUAAGAUGCAGACUAACUACAUGGUUUGGGCUGCUCCAGCUGCUGUUGUGGUACUAAUGCUUCUUGUCUUGGGUUACUACUACGUUCUCUAGAUCAAGGGAAGCUGCGUUUGCUGUAGUUUGGGUCUUUUUAAAGCUUUCUUUUGAGGAUGAGACUCUUUAAAACUUAUGUCUCAUUUACAUACUGAGUAGAACUCUUCUCUUUUUAAAUACCUUUUUACAUUUCA